AUGGCGACAGCAAAUCCGAUAGAAGAUCUCUUAUCCACUGACAUAGAUGAGAGUGAAGUGAGUGCGUUUGUUGGAUCUCUGGAGUCACGAUUAGCUUCUCCAACUCACAAAGACAUCUCCCACCAAAUUACAGACUCUUCUGUGAACAGUAACCAUAUCAGCAAUGUGCUAAAUGUCUCAACCGCUACAUGUAGUUCUAGCUCCCUAUUCACUGUCCAAGGACAGAAGGGUUUGCAAAGCCAUGGCAGUCCUGUCAUUAAUAGUUUAUAUGGUGCAAAUGUGAAAUCGGACUCACAACUUCUUGGAAUACCUUCUAUAUUGAACUCUACGAAUGCAACAGGUAGCCCUGGAGGAUUGCUAAACAUUACUACAUUGAACUCAACGCCAAACAAAACUAAUACCAGAGCUGUGAACAGUUCUGGGAAUAUAAUGUUGGUCGCCCCAUCACAUACACCUCCUUUACCUGUGGCAUCCCACACCCCUCCUCAUGUUAAUGUUGGACCAAAUGGUAAUUUAACUUUUACUGGGGCCAAUAACCGGGCUAGUCCCCAAAACUGUUUAGUAGUAACUGCUCAUAAUAAUACUAGUAACACCACGGUGUGUGGCAGUGGUUCGAAUGGCAGUAAAACAGUGUCCAGUAGUGCCAUGUAUAACCUGGCCAGUAUUGCAGCAGAGCAAAAGCCUCUCGCUGUCCCAACGGGAAUGAUAGACAUUAAAACUUCAAGCACAAACAGCAAGUUAACUGUUCGAGAUCAGCUUGACAAGAAGCCAAAUAUCUCAGCUGUAUCUGGUUCACCAAGUGCUUCAAAACAUCAGAUUGUUGUGAAGCAGGAAAGUCGACAUGUGAAACAGGAACAAAUGCAGCCAACACAACCAUCUAGUGUGCAUAUUGUGAAUGCUACUUCUAAAGGAAUUGUGAGUAACACAUCAGGAAGUCAUAAUGUUAUUACAGUGUCCAGGCCAGCUGUUGGCCAAGGAGGUGCAAUAGUGCGACCACAGAUUAUAACGACCCAAACAUCACACGCUAAUGGGGCACAACAAAUGACAGUGGUUCCAAGGAUGCCCAAUGCAACUAACAGCCAGCCAAAGACCGUUCAAACAACACGAAUUAACCCACCUAUUCGAAUAGCAGCUGCACCACAGAUAAACAUCGCUCCAAGACCAGGGACGAACACCAUAACCCUGCCUCCUGGCCUUCAUGGGACAUUUAUGAUGAAGAAUGAGCAGGGUCAGAUUGUGUUGAUGUCCACAGGACAGCAUGGUGGCAUCCCCACUCAGCAGACCUCCACAUCUGCCUUACAAGGCAAAGUCAACAUACAAACAAUCAAGUCACAAGCGAGGCCUACAGGUGCACAGACUGUCCUGGCUAUACAGCAGCAGACUGGAGCUACCACUCUCCAUCCCCAUGGGGCGACAGGUACACCUCCUCAUCAGAUUGCCUCGGCUCACCCAGGGGGUAUACCUACACAGACCAUAGUGCAAACCCCAGUAUCCGCCCCUGGGGCCACAGGAGCUCAGGGGCCUUCCUUAACACCGGGUGCAUCAGCAGUGGCUCAACAGCAGGCUAUGGAACAUGUGAAAAAGUGCAAAAACUUUCUGUCCACACUAAUUAAACUGGCCUCUAGUCAACCUCCUCAGACAAUACGCAAUGUGCGGGAGCUCAUUCAACGGCUAAUAGAUGGUAAGGUUGAACCAGAGCAGUUCACAGAGAACCUACAGGUGGAGUUGAACUCUUCCCCUCAACCCAACCUCGUUCCGUUUUUAAAGAAAAGUCUGCCACUGUUGCGGCAAUCCCUGAGUCAGAAUAAGAUGACAAUAGAAGGCGUGAAAGCACCGCCGUCAGAGGUUCUGCAGGGGUCCGCCUUCCCUCACUCAUCAAGUCCCGUCUCUAUCAACACUCGUCCACACAUUCAUCAGCAGCCUCACACAAUUCAGUCUCCACACGCACAGGUCAAGCACAUCGUACGUCAGCUCACACCCCAGCAGUUGUCUCAGAUCAGAUCACAGAAACCUGUAUCCAUAUCAACGGGCUCGCCUCUGCCGGGACAAGCCACUAUUCUUACCAAAGUGGCACAUGGCAAGGCAGCCUUAUCAGGGGCCAUGCCCACCACAGUCAGUGCCCUUCAGGCACGAGUGGGCGGCAAGCACCAAGAUGCAGGUGGAGGGGCGCAACACAAGGAGAAGCGCAAGUUUGAAUCUCUCAAAGAUGCUGAUGAUGAUAUUAAUGACGUGGCCACGAUGGGUGGCGUCAACCUGUCAGAGGAGAGCAAGAAUAUUCUGGCCACUAAUGCAGACUUCAUUGGCACUCACAUACGCUCCUGUAAAGAUGAAUUGUUUUUAAACCAAGGUCCAUUAUUGGCAAAAAUUAGCUCAAUUGCAAAAAAGUAUGGUGUAACAGAUAUCCCAGCUGAUGUUGUCAGUUUAGUAUCACAGGCCACACAAGAGCGGUUACGCAAUAUUGCGGAAAGAUUAUCAACAAUAGCUGAACACAGAACAGAAAUUUACAGGAUGGAUUCAAGGUUUGAAGUUACUCAAGACACGAAGACGCAGUUAAAAUUUUUAGAGGAGAUAGAUAAGUUGGAGAAAAAGAGACACGAGGAACAGGAGAGAGAGAUUUUAUUACGGGCAGCAAAGAGUCGAUCGAAAACAGAAGAUCCUGAGCAAGCAAAAUUAAAACAGAAAGCUAAAGAGUUACAACUGGCGGAAGCGGAAGAGUUACGACAACAACAGGCAAACCAAACAGCACUGGCAGCAAUUGGGCCUCGGAAGAAGAAGAAACUAGACACUGGAGAGAGCUCAAGUACGACAUCAUUGCCGAAUGGCGUGGGUAAUACGCCUACCAGAUCAGGGGUGUCAAAUCGACCCAGAAUAAAACGUGUUAACUUAAAGGACUUAAUCUUCCUUAUGGAGCAGGAAAAGGACACAAGAAAGUCAACAACCCUGUACAAGGCAUUCCUAAAAUGAAAUAUAUCUGAAAUCUGUUUAUAUAUUUAUUUGUGACUACACAUGCACAUCUGUACAUAACUCCCUAGGAGGGGGAUAAUUUUGUAUACAAGCAUUCAUCACAAACAUUUGUCAUUCAUCAGACUGGGGAUGCAAUGCUGAUCAAACAAACUCACCAGAAUUGCAUUUAUGUGGGCCAUUGGACGUUUGCAAACUUUCAUGUCCACAACAUGUCAAACUCAUUCAGUGGACUACUUCAGAGGCACUAUGGACCUUUUCAUGGUUUCACCAUUAUGAAUUCUUAAUUUUGGAUGCCAUAUUUACUUGGAACUUGCUGGCUUGGGAAAGAAGCUAUCCCAUUGUGGACUUAGUUGCUUAUAAAGUGUCUGUUUUGGGAGAUUAAUUCAUGUCUUCUGGCAUGAAUUUAUCUGAAUUCUUCGAAUGAUGCUUGGAACUCACAGACAGCUUUUACAUACACAGUUCUUUUUCUGGAGAGCUUAUGGGUUUUCCUAGUAACAUUUGCUUGUGAAGAGCAGAAAAGUAUCCAAUUUUGUGAUGUAAUAAUUGUACCGGUAAUAACCAGACUAGGUUGUGCUACUAUUUAUGAUUUAGAGUAGCUGAAAUCACUUAACAGAUCACAGAUUAGAGGUGUUGUCUGUGUAGCAUGAUUUGUAUGUAUCACACAAUUUCUAUUAUUUAUUAAAGAUGUAAAUGUUUCAGUGGUUAGUUGAGAUGGAGGAGCAUGUAGUUGUAAGUGAGAAUCUAGAUAGUAGACUGAAUAUCGCAGCAGAUCGCUCAGACGUGACCUCAGUAAGCUCUUCCUUCCUGAGAAUCUAGACUAAAUAUCGCAUAUCACUGGGAUGUAGUUUUCGUCAUCUCUCACAGACUCCACCCUUCACUUGUCUCAUCUUACUCCUGAAUCACUGCAUGCAGGGCCACAUGAUCAUUUUCUAUCAGUGUGUCCUUACUUCACUUUUUAUCCAAGCCCCAUUGCCCUCAACAAGCAUACUAGAAGAUGGUUUCAUGAUGACGAUUAUUCAUCCUCUUGAGAAUUUUAUCCGUUCUACACACUGCACUUUUGACAUCCCUUGCUUAAAUUUACUGAUAUGUGUGAAUUUUGAUAAAUCAAGGCUGUAUCCCAAGGCGGUACUUUUACCUGUAAACAGAGAAUUCUUUUACAUCAUUCCAUUGACAUAUUCUGAUAACACCUUUCUCUGUAGAGCAAAAUACAAAAACCUACUUUUUAUGCUCUUUCCGGUUGUUUUAAGCGUGUUUACUGGUGACAGCAUAUAUAUGAUACGGAUACUAGCAUCUUCAUAUUAAAGACUGAUGAUACCAUUUCUCUGAUAUAAAUAUAAUCCUUAAAACCACAUGUUUCACUGACUGGUUGUUCUGUCAACUCUCGUUGCAUGCAAGGGACACUAGUUUUAAUUGUAAUCUUCAUAGAAGUAUAUAGCAAGAAGAGUACAGUGAAAAUCAAUUUCUUCCCCCAGACACUGAGCGGUUUCCUGCCACCUUAAUGCUGGCCGCCGUCGUGUAGGUAAAAAUAGUAUGGUGUAUAACACCAGUCAAAGAAAUAAAUAGAUAACUAUUAUUUCAUGUCCCACGUGGUCUGGCUCAGCUCUCUCUCUCUCUUUCUC